AUGGAUAGCAUGAGUGAGGCAUUUGAUCAAAUGCAAAUGGUCAAGGAUGUUCUAGCCAACAGUGAUAAAGUUUCAGAGGUCCUACAAGAGUCUACUCAUCAGUUCAACCUGCUUACUUCACCCACCUUCCUACCAAAGCAUCAAUCUGAUCUCUCUCUCCAUGGCAGAGAAGCUAGGCAUAGCUGGAGGCAUAGCAAGGAACCAAGAGUUGGGAAGGAUAAGGAUGAGAGAGGACCAAGGAUUGAGAAGCCACGUCUUGAGAGGGCUAGAGUUGAGAAACCACGUUCUGAGAGACCACGAGCUGAUAGACUUGUUCAAGCCCCUUGUGUGCUUGAUGAAGAAAGCCUUCAAGCUUUGUUUGAUGAGCCACUAGGAAGGGCUCUAAAAGAAGGGGAGGAUACAGCCUCUAAGGCAAAACCAGGUGAUAAAAGAAAGGAUCCACCAGCUCAGGCCCCUUCAGUCAAGCCAUCUCAGCUCACAAUGACCUUGUUCCCCACCAAGUUUGAAAAUGGGAAGAUUGAGUACAAAAUAAGGUACAAGGGGAGAUCAAGGCCAUUCUCUAGAGCCAAGGCCUUGGUGACUUCAGAACAGUCCAGGGACCCAACCAAGCUAAAAGAGCUUCUGUCUCAAGUCUUUUGGAGCAUUCUGGAGCAUAUGGGACAUAAGGAGCAUGGAGGGACUUGGCACAUGGAAGCAGCUCAACUGGAUACGCAAAGGAAGAAGGGAGAAGCCAUCUUGAAGACCAGCUCGACCGUCUACUCGACCGGCCAAGCUUCAACUCGAUCGAGCUGA